GCUCCAACGUCACAGCGCCCACGCGCCGCUCCAACCGCAGUGCCAGCGUCCACCUCGCCCACCAGGCAGCGCCGCGCGCUCUGCUGGCUGCGCGGACAGCAGCCACGAGCAUGCUGCAGGCGGAGCAGCUACGUUGAUGGAGAGCCAACGGACGAUGCGCUGUGGAUCUUCAAGUGGAUGCACGCCACUGCUGCUGCUGCCGAGGCAGGGAUGGGCAAGAUGCUUGACAAGCACCUCGCUGCUCUAGUGUGUGAAUUGUCACACACUGUAGGCACACCGUUGCGUGUCAUCCCCCCCAUGCUUGCAAGAAUGCAGCACUGCAGAUGGCGGCAGCCAUGUGGCCACACGGUGUUUGCUCGCCUGCUCAUACAACACGGUGCAUGCCCAAUUGACGGCAAUGUUUCGGAGCAUGCGUUCGCCUGA